UGUAAGAAUUAUUCAUUGACCCUCUUGCUCUCCAGCGACCGAAAACCCCUCCCUUCUCCACCUCACUGUGCCGUGCCGAGCCGCUCCGGCGAUGAAAUCGUAAGACUGCGCUUUCCGAUCGGCCUCCUCCGGCGCCUCCGGAUCCUCCCUAUGUCCUCCUUUGACGCCGCCCUGCACCACCGCCAGGCCUUCGAUCGUAAUAACCUUCAUCACCACCUGAAGCGGAGGAUCGAAGACUAUGCCGAUCACGACCGCUUCAUCCAUCUCCUGAAGAUGGCUAAGAUCUCAUCUAUCCUUUCCUUCUCGGCCGUCCCCGCCUUAUCGGCCGUCGCCGACUCCGAUCAGUUGGAAGUUUCUUAUUUGCCUCCGUCGUCCUCGCUUGACACCUCCUGCGCAUCCCCUCCAUCGCCGCCUCUCGCAUCGCCUCCUUCUGAGGAGAUCCAAUUCUUCGUCCGGCUGCUCUCCCAGGGGAGUCUCGUAGUCCGUGCCCUCCAGAGCGACACCGUCAGUUCGAUCAUCGAAAGGAUCGGAUUGGUCGAGAGAAUACCAUGCUUCGAGAUGCGGUUGAUCUAUAGAGGCCGCCAGCUUGAUGGCGAAUCCACUCUCCUUAAGUGUGGGGUUGGGAGAGACGCAUGUCUCCAUCUCUCUGCUCGCCUUAGGAGCACCGAACAACCGACGGUGUGGACGACCGUCAACGACCUCAUGUCCUCCAUAUCCUUCCUCCUCGACAACCCUGCCCGAGACGCUGAAUUUCUCAAUCGGCAGAGGGACAACAUUGAGCGACUCAUGAAGCAAUUCUUCACCAGCACGCUAUUGGAAUCUAAUGGGGACAGAGACAAUAUUUUAGCUAACCUUGGAAUUUUUACUUGGGGAGGUGCUUCAGCGGCGCUUCUGAAAAUGUAUAUUUCACCGAUUGCUGAAAACCAUUCAGUUGGCGAGAGGGCCAUUCGGAUGUUUCUUACCUCUAAAACUGACUACUUGCCAGAUUAUAUGCACUUACAGUGCACCUCUACUGUGCUCACCUUCUGCAAGAUGCUCUCUUCAGUCCGAGGUACGAAUGAUCAGCUUUAUCUUUCAUGCCGAAGCGCAUUAGCUAGGCUUCUAAAAUCUUCUGCUGGGUCUGUAUACACUGGUCAUAUAAAGUCCAUUCACUUGCUGCCGGACUUGCAUUCGUUUAUCGUUGAGCUUGUUGGGCUAGUGGAUGUGGCACUUUCAACAGAGGCUAUGAUGGUCCCAGAGGUUGUUCUUAUUGAUCUCUCCAAUUACCUUAUUGCGUUGCACCAUGCAAUUUAUAAUUGGAGGGGCAUUCACCAGCCUAUCACUAAACACUUCUUUGAACAUGGGAACACAAAGUACGAGGAAGGAAUUGGAUUGAUACAUGAGCUAUUCAUGAAGCUCCUGACCAAAGUUAGCCAGUGUCUUGAAAAGGUGGAGGACAUUAUGGACCAAAGGGGUCAGACACAGUGUCAAUCUCAAUUUGCAUUUGGGUCACAAUUGCUAGUUGUUUUAGAAGUGGUUAAGGACUUCUCCAAGAUUUUCGAGGGUGCUGGGCAGUUACUCCAUUCACUUCUUUUUGAACGACGGAGGUUGCUAAAUGUUCUUCUCAGACAUGCUAAGAGGGAUCAUAGGCUUCUUUGGUUUCUCAAGUAUAAAGAUAUAAUUGAUUUUCAGGCAAGAAGGAAUCUAGUUCUGAUGAUGCUAUUUGAAGGAAAGGAGGAAGAUGAGCUUUAUGAAAUGCUUAUUGAUAGAUCUCAGCUGAUGACUGAUUCCUUUGGAUACAUUGGGUGGAUUGAUGCUGGAGCAUUGCGUGGAGGCCUUUUAAUGGAGUUCAAAAAUGAGGAAGCCACAGGUCCUGGUGUUCUCAGAGAGUGGUUUUGCUUGUUAUGCAGAGAAAUUUUCAAUCCGCAGAACCUUCUUUUCUUGCCAUGCCCACAUGAUCAGCGACGAUUCUUCCCAAAUCCUGCAUCUGCUGUGGAUCCUUUGUAUCUCAAAUACUUCAGCUUCAGUGGUCGAGUUAUUGCAUUAGCAUUGAUGCACAAAGUCCAAGUUGGCAUUGUAUUUGAUCGUACAUUUUUCUUGCAACUAGCUGGAAGAUCUAUUACUCUGGAGGAUGUGCGCGAUGCAGAUCCAGACUUGUACAGGAGUUGGAAACAAAUUCUCGAGAUGGAUGGAGCCCUUCUUGAUUCAGAUGGGUUAGGACUAACAUUCGUGAGAGACAUAGAAAUGCUGGGCUCAAUGGAAACAGUUGAGCUCUGCCCUGGUGGAAAGGAUAUUAUUGUACAUAGUAGGAACAGAGAGGAGUACAUUAAUCUCCUUAUUAAGCAUCGCUUUGUUACAUCAAUCUCUGAACAGAUUACUCAUUUCGCUGAAGGUUUUGGUGAUAUUCUUUCUAACCCAAAGAACCAGCAAUUUUUCUUCAAUGGUCUGGACCUAGAAGAUUUUGAUCUAAUGAUAGGUGGUAACAAUAGUGUCAUCAAUGUAAAGGAAUGGAGAGAGCAUACCGAAUACAAUGGUUACAAGUCAAAAGAUCGUAACAUCAUUUGGUUUUGGAAGAUUGUUGAGGGCAUGUCUGAAGAGCAAAGAAGAGUGCUUAUCUUUUUCUGGACAUCCAUCAGAUACUUGCCUGUGGAUGGAUUCCGCGGCUUGCCUUCCAAAUUGUUCAUAUUCAAAUCAUCAGACUCCCAAGAGUCCCUACCAACUUCACAUACAUGCUUUUAUCGUCUUUGCCUGCCUGUAUAUCGAACAAAAACCAUCAUGCAUGAGAGGCUUCAGCUAAUCACUCAAGAACAUCUUAGCUGCAGUUUCGGUAAUGCUUAGGCAAAAGAUGUGGAACUUGGGUCUGCACAGAAGUGUUCAUGUCAAAAUUAUGCCGACGAUGGGAUGUAAAAAACCUGCACUCUAGUCGGUUAUCUAUGUAGGCACAAGGAUUUCUUUCUCUAAUUUUCCUUAUUGGGUGGAGCAGUAAAUAGGGGGAUAGAAAAUUGUCCUGUAGGAAAUCCUUUUAACUUGGCAUUAUAAAUACUCACCUUUUGUUUUACCUUCUCAUUUCUUAAUUCUGGUCUCUUGUACAUAGAAUAAGAACCAAAGUGGAGUGAGGAUUUGAUGUUUCUCAUUUAAUCCACUGAAUUUUCUCACUUUAGGUAGAUGUGGUGUGUUACUACUGGCUUGUGCCAAUGGUUCCAUGAUCUAAUCUAUCUGUGCUUGGGAACCCUAAUCCCUUUUGUUUUUUUGUAGCUACGCAAGGAAUGCUUUCUUUGUAAAUAUUUGUAAAUGUAUGUAAUAUCCAGUUUCAACUGCAUCUUUUCCAAUCUUGCAAUUUUCUUCUUGCCUUUUCCUUUUUUUUUCUUAAUUUGUGUAGUGUUUGCAUAAACUUGUUGCUUGAGGUGUGAUGAUUUUUGUUAUCAUGUACAGAAAUUGCUGAAAGUAUUCACAGGAUUAUAAGAUGCAUUAUUUUUUUUA